AUGUCACUUAUUAGGUGUACAGUUUUGGGUACUAAUGUUGUAUCAUAUGACAUUAUGAAUGUUUGGUACCGAAAGUUCAGAUGCAAGGACUGUGACAUUCAAGAAGCAGAGCGCUCUGGCCGACCUGUUGAUGUUGAUGAGGCUCGCCUGAGAGAACUUAAGGAAGAUCAGUGUGCAACCGCUCGAGAGCUUGCUAAGGAGAUAGACGUUAGGACCAUGUCCAUUCGUUGCACUGUGCAUGGCAUAAACUUAACGUACAAGUUUAAUCGCUGGAAGCCGCAAGAGCUUGCUCAAGCAGAUAAGGACAGACGUGUUCGGGCCUGCACUAAUCUGCCCGCAAAGAAAACUUCUGAAUCGGAUCGUCACUUGCAAUGA